AUGGCAUGCCAUAUAAAUCAUGCUUUAAACGCGCCCCGUGGAUGGAAAUACUCGAAACUUAACCAGAGCAAGAUCGAAAGUGUUAUUUCCCGCGCUCAAGAUGCUUUCCUUGGAAAAUGGAAAGAAUCUUACCUUAAAAGACUUUCCUUCGUCGAUAAUGAUAAUACACUAACGCAAGAUGAAAAAGAUGAGGCUAAGCUGAACCUAACGAUCCUUAAGGAUAGAGAUAAUUUGUUGAAUCGAAAAGGUGAAACGUAUAGAUGUGAUACAUGUGAUAAGUUGGGAUAUAUGAUUAUUUGGUGUCAUCAUUGCGUAGCAGAUUUCCUACGUGAUAAUGCAAGUAAAUGGACUUCAGGAAACGAGUAUAUAGACCGUCAAAUUUAUCUUGCCCAAAUGAGGGGACCAAUACCCGAAGCUAUUCCUGAGUGGAUUCCAUAUGAACUAUUGACAAAUGUGAGCUACUUAACCCAAGGUGGAUGUGCUUCUAUCUAUUCUGCAACAUAUAAUAGAGGGUUAUAUACAAGAUGGGAAAAGGCGACAAGAACAUUGUCCCGAGGGUUAAUAGGAUUCAAAGUCGUUCUAAAAAAGUUGAAUUUGAACAACGAGGAAGUUAAUCUCAGAGAUGAGCUUGAGAAGCAUCUUUAUGUCUCUAGUGUCUAUGAUGCGAUAGUACGUUGUUAUGGUGUCACACGUGAUCCCAUUACUAAAGACUACAUGUUGGUGUUAAAUAAGAUGAGAUACGACUUGCGGUUAGUACACCGUGAUUUACAUCCCGGUAAUAUCCUGAGAGGAAGAAUUGAUAAUAAUUGGUAUAUCGCUGAUCUUGGGUUUACUGGACAUCCGAACAAGGCAGCAAAUCAGAUUAUUGGGAAUCCUCGGUAUAUUGCUCCCGAAAUAUAUACUAAAAGAGAAUAUUCGAUAAAAUCAGACAUAUAUGCUUUUGGAAUGCUGCUAUAUUAUAUGAUAACUUUUAAGCAACCAUUCGCAGGACUAUUACAUGAUGAUACCUUGAAUCUUGAGGUUUUUAUAGGAACUCGUCCAAUUAUUCCAGAUCGAAUACCAAAGGCUUACAGUUCGUUAAUGCGGCGCUGUUGGGAUGUUGAUCCUAACAAAAGACCCAGUACAGUAAAAAUUUCAAAGGUUUUGUUACUUAUUGCAAGUAGAAUUAAACAGCAAGAUUUCGUGCUGCAAAAUGCACCUUCAGAAGCUGAUAGUGAGAUUUCUCAAAAUGUGCAUGAGGAAAUGGAUAGUGGGAUUUCAACUGUAAAUAGUGGGUAUGUUAUAGAGUUAAUUUCUAAAGAUGGUACCUGUGCAAUCAAUUUUGCUGAUAAACAGCACUGUCUCGUGCUGCAAAAUGCACCUGCGGAAACGGAUAGUGAGACUUUAACUGAAAAUAAUGAGAAUGUUAUAAAGUUAAUUUCGAAUCAUGAUUCCUGUGCAAUCAGUUUUGCUGAUAAACAGCACGGUCUUGUGCUGCAAGAUGUACCUGCGGAAUUAGAUAGUGAGAUUUCACUAAAUACAUCUGUAGAAGUGGAUAGUGUAAAUUUAACUUAUAAAGGUGAUACAAACUAUUAG